UACGGCUGAGACACUCAAAAAAAAAAAGACAAAAAAAAAAGAAGAGAGAAAUGAAGAGAAGCGAGCUUUAAUCAUUUUGAGUUAGUGAGGAAGAUCGAAUAUUAAGGCUUUGAAGGAAGCGGAAGCUAAAGUAACGAGAGGCUAGCCACAGGUUUGAUAACUGACAGGCGACGCUAGAAGCAGUGCAGAGUAAGUGGCAAUCUCUGACAACCCUUGCAUGUGUAGUUCGAGAAGGAGUUCAACUAUCCAUCAUCCUUGUGUAUAAAUAGAACUCGGCUUUUGGAGCCUCUCUUUUGCAAAGAUGGCAGCACAGAAUAGCGAUGUGAAAGGAAAACUGGUGUGUAGCAGCAGCAGCAGCAACGACGACGAAGAACAUGAUCAUCAGGGAUCAGAAGAUUAUAUUUAUGGCCUGUCGUUAGAGAGACUAAACCUUGGUCCAAGAAAGAAACUUGUUGUUCUCUGUCUCGGUGGAUUGCUUUGUCAUAGAGUCCACCGUUACGAUGAGUCUGCCAUUCCGAGAUUUCGCAGCCCUGAUGAGUUCUACGGAAGCAUUUUAGUUUACAAGAGACCUUACUGUGAAGAAUUCAUGAAGUUUUGCCUGGAAAGAUUUGAUGUGGGAAUAUGGUCCUCUGCCAGGGAAUGGUACCUGAACAAUGCCCUCGAUUGUAUAAUGAAGGGAUUAAAGAGCAAGCUGUUGUUUGCUUGGGACCAACGCGAGUGUACUAAUUCCGGAUGGAAUACCUUGGAGAAUAAACGCAAACCGUUGUUUCUGAAGGAGUUGAAGGACUUGUGGCAAGACAGGUCAAUUUGUAUUGAAGGGCGAUAUUCUUCAUCGAACACACUCUUAGUAGACAAUAACCCUUACAAAGCGCUACUAAAUCCUCCACACACUGCUAUAUUUUCUGAUGAAUACAAGGUUGAUAAUGUUGAAGACAUGGCCUUAGGGCCUAGGGGUGAGCUGAGGGUGUACUUGGAUGAACUGGCAGGUGCUGAAGACGUUCCUUCUUUCGUGAAAGAACAUCCUUUUGGUCAGUCUGCUAUAACGCCUGCACAUUCCGAUUGGCAUUUCUAUUCGAAAGUGGUUCGUCGUUUUCAUAAGAGCACUUGAGUUGUUAGCUGCAAAUAGAUGAAUCGGACAACCAGAAACUCUUCCUAGUACUUUCCGAAAUCAUCAACAGUAGUACUGAAUGUCACGUGUUCG